AUGUUCAAGCUGAUAUUGAACCUUCCUCUGAAGGAGAGACAUUUGAAGCAAGGAAAGAAGAGAAGAUGUCCGGCUACAUCACUGCUCCAACUUAAGUCUGGUGACAAAGACCCAGUCCUCCAGGGUAACCGAGUCAGCGCCUGUUUAAAAAGUGCCUCAACCCCGUUUACCCAGAGAACUCGGCUUCAAGUAUACUUGAGCAAUUCGGCUUCAACGAGAUGUAGUUUUGGCCCGCCGCUUGGACCAGGUCGAGGGCAUGACAGCCGAAAACAGGCCUUGCUAAACAAUUCACACCUCUAUCAUCUGGCCCAUGGAAAAGACUUUGCUAGCAGGGGAAUUGAAAUUACAGGACUCCGACUCAAUUUAGAGAAGAUGAUGGAACAGAAGAGUGGUGCGGUGAAGGCCUUAACAGGUGGAAUUGCUCAUUUGUUUAAACAGAACAAGGUGACACAUGUGUCUGGAUUUGGAAAAAUAACAGGCAAAAACCAGGUCACAGCAACCAAAGAAGAUGGCAGCACUCAAGUUAUUAAUACAAAGAACAUCCUUAUAGCUACAGGCUCAGAAGUGACACCUUUUCCAGGAAUUACGAUUGAUGAAGAAACAGUAGUAUCAUCUACUGGUGCAUUGUCUUUGAAGAAUGUCCCUGAAAAAAUGGUUGUUAUUGGUGCUGGUGUCAUUGGUGUGGAACUGGGCUCGGUCUGGCAGCGUCUAGGUGCCGAUGUGACAGCUGUGGAAUUCUUGGGCCAUGUUGGUGGAUUGGGCAUUGAUAUGGAGAUAUCUAAGAACUUCCAGCGUAUUCUUCAGAAGCAAGGGCUUAAAUUUAAACUAAAUACCAAAGUUACAGGUGCUACCAAGAAACCAGAUGGAAAGAUUGAUGUUUCGAUUGAAGCUGCUGCCGGAGGCAAGGCAGAAGUGAUUACUUGCGAUGUACUUUUGGUUUGCAUUGGGCGGCGUCCUUUCACUAAGAAUCUUGGUUUGGAAGAUGUUGGUAUUGAACUGGAUAACAGGGGUAGAAUCCCAAUCAACAACAGAUUCCAAACCAAAGUGCCAAACAUUUAUGCUAUUGGUGAUGUAGUUGCUGGACCAAUGCUCGCUCACAAAGCUGAAGAUGAAGGUAUUCUCUGCGUUGAAGGAAUAGCUGGAGGUGCAGUUCAUAUUGACUACAACUGUGUGCCUUCAGUAAUUUAUACACAUCCUGAAGUUGCCUGGAUUGGCAAAUCAGAAGAACAGCUGAAGGAAGAGGGGACAGAGUACAAAGUUGGAAAAUUUCCAUUUGCUGCUAACAGUAGAGCGAAGACCAAUGCAGACACCGAUGGAUUGGUGAAGAUGCUAAGUCACAAAACAACCGACAGGAUGCUUGGAGCUCAUAUUCUAGGCGCAGGUGCUGGAGAAAUGAUCAAUGAAGCUGCUCUUGCAAUGGAGUAUGGAGCGUCAUGUGAAGACGUAGCCAGAGUUUGCCAUGCACAUCCGACUGUGUCUGAAGCCUUCAGGGAAGCUAACCUGGCAGCGUCAUUUGGGAAGGCUAUCAAUUUCUAAAGUGAAGGGAUAUCUAUGAUAUACAAAGCGUAUUUUCAAGUGAAAACUGACUGGAAGCUUUGUAGAAAGCUUAGCCUUUUAAAUAUUUCUGGGACUCUUAAACGAACUCUUGUUAAAAACAUAAAAUAUUUAAAACAAUAUGAGGUUGUGGGGAAGGGAAAGCUCCCAAUACCUGUAUAUUAAAUAUAUUCAAUUCUG